GGGCCCCUCAAAUUCUAUGGUACCAACUAGUAUGUAUUGGAGGGGGGACGGCGGCGCAGGAAAAUAGGGUUAGGCAAUCGCCGAUCGACCGCCUAGUGCUUGAAGCUUGGAGACCUCAGUGGAAAUUGCAAUUCCAGGGGGAUGGAAUCGGACGACGUUUCUCUAGUCUAAUCCUUAUCUGCGACAGCGCGACAGACAUGAAAAUUUGGAGAAGACAUCCACACAUUUCCGAAGGAGACAACUGGAAGGGAAGGAGUAUACAUCCUUCGGCGACCGGCGAUGGGGCUAUCGACCUCGUUUCAGAUGGUUAGGGGAGAAUUCUCCAUGGCAACUGGAAGGAUGCAGAGUUAAGCUGGGCUCAGGCGACCAGGCAGGGUGGCGUCCAGCACAAAAUAGAUGCCCAUUCCAACAAAGACACUGGGCAGCGUGCAACACAACGUUUGAAGCUCGCCAGCGAGAUUGGGGUGCUCGACCAGAAGUAGAUUGGAACUUUCGAACAGAUUUCAGACCUCAACGAAAUGAUCAGCACUAUUGCAGGUCUUCAUACCCGAUACAGAGGAACUCAACUAACAGAAAUAAAGGUUCGAUUCUAACUGGAGAAGAUGAGUUCGAUAUUAACAUUGAGAGAAUGUUUUAAUUUUACAGUUAUGGACUGCUCUACUGUUCGUAUUUCUGUAAUGAAGCAUGGAUUAUCAUCUGUUGCCAUCUAUGAUUUUGCUGGGAUUAAUUGGUUAAAGGAAUCCAUACUCAAAAUCUUUUCAGGUAAUAGAUAAUGCACUAAGUUGGAGUUGAAUAAAUCCCAUAUCGUUUUGUAUGAUGCAAACUUCUUUGGAGGAUUUGUCCGAAUAAUUGAAAGGGGAUGUGAUUCUCUAUUUAUUCCCUAGGGAAGAAAUGGACAAGGAAUAAACUUAUUUCUUAUGGGGAUUGCAAAAGCAAAUACAUUGAUGAACUCAAUUGUCUCCAAAACAUUAGCAAUUGAACAUGAUUUGGGUGAUGUCUUUUCGGAUUUGAGGGGUGAAUUAGACUUUCUACCUUUAAAUGGGGACUAUCCUCACUCUUGUGAAACUAAUAUAUCAAUUUCGGGUGCAUUACUCCAAGCCGAUAUUGAGCAUAUUGAGGAUUAUUCUUUGGUUUUGGUUUCUACAGAUGAUGAUCACUGCCUUGAGCCAAGCUCUUUGGUUUCUAUGGAGGAUGUUCAGUGCAAAAACAUGAAUCCGACCUAAAAUCUGAAUCGAAUAAGACUUUGACUUGUGCUGUUGUGAUUCGGGAUACUUCACAAAGGACAUUAACUUUUGAAACCAAGGAGAGAGAUGUGACAGAUAUCCUUGAAUCUACUCCUCUACGAGUUUCUUUUUCACCUCACUCUGAAUUAUUAGCAGAUGGAUUAGUUUCUCCUCAGACUGCGUUUUUGGAACCUAAUGCUUCGGGUGGAAAUGAUCUUGAGCUAUUAAACCGCGUUGCUGACACGGAAUGGGACUCAACCAAUUCUAGAUUGCUACCUCGACGGAGUGCUCGUCUCAAGGCUAAAAGAUUGGCUAAAUCAUAGGGUCGUUUCUAUCUUUACAGAAUCAGCUUUUGGAUAUUUUGGGGACUUCAUCUCUUUUGGGCAACUCAAUACAUUUUGACGGGGAGCUAAUCAUUUUUACUUUAGGGAUUUGCAGGGCUUUUUUUAUUGUUCACUCUUUAGCGUUUUUUUGUUCUUUCAUCAUCAUUUGUACUCUUCUUUUUAAAUUUUAAUAAAUUUCUGCUUAAUCAAGGUACUUACGAUAGUGCAUUAUUCUUAAGGCUCUAGGUCGGGUUUAUCAUCAUAUGAUUGUAAUAAGAGAUUUAAUUAAUUGAGCGACAAUGACAUGGGGAACCCUAGCCGCC